AUGUUAUCGACUUCAUCAACAACCUUAAAGAAUGUUUGUAAAUUAGUAUCAAGUAACAAUGUAGUUGGUAGUGCAUUGGUUAAUUAUACAACAGCAGCAGCAGGUGGACCAACUCCACAACAACAAGUUCAAAAUGCAUCAAUUAAAACAUAUGGUGGAUUGAAAGAUCAAGAUCGUAUCUUUACAAAUCUCUAUGGUGAGCACGACGUCUAUUUGAAAGGUGCUGAGAAAAGAGGAGAUUGGUAUAGAACAAAAGAUAUUAUAGGUAAAGGUAAAGAUUGGAUUUUGAAAGAGAUGAUGGCAUCUGGUCUUAGAGGUCGUGGUGGUGCAGGUUUCCCAUCGGGUUUGAAGUGGUCUUUUAUGCCAAAGCAAUCGACUGGUCGUCCACAAUACCUGGUGAUCAACGCUGACGAGGGUGAGCCUGGUACCUGUAAAGAUCGUGAGAUCAUGCGUCACGACCCACACAAGUUGAUCGAGGGUUGUUUGAUUGCUGGUUUCGCCAUGCGUGCAUGCGCCGCCUAUAUCUAUAUCCGUGGUGAGUUCCAUCACGAAGCCAAGGUCCUCGAGAAGGCCAUCGACGAGGCCUACAAGGCCGGCUACCUCGGGGCCAACGCCUGUGGAACUGGCUACCACUUUGAUGUCUACGUGCAUCGUGGUGCCGGUGCCUACAUCUGUGGUGAGGAGACCGCGCUGAUCGAGUCGCUCGAGGGCAAACAAGGAAAGCCACGUUUAAAGCCACCCUUCCCAGCGAUGUCCGGUCUCUACGGUUGUCCAACCACCGUCACCAACGUCGAGACAGUCGCCGUUGCACCGACCAUCUUGAGACGUGGUGGUUCGUGGUUCGCCGGUUUCGGUCGUCCAAAGAACAGCGGAACCAAGCUCUACUGUAUCUCAGGUCACGUCAACAACCCAUGCACCGUCGAGGAGGAAAUGUCGAUUCCAUUGCGUGAGUUGAUCGACAAGCACUGCGGUGGUGUCAUCGGAGGUUGGGACAACUUGCUCGGUGUCAUUCCAGGUGGAAGUUCCGUCCCUGUCAUUCCAAAGGACAUCUGUGACGACGUUCUCAUGGAUUUCGACGAUUUGAGACGUGUUCGUUCCGGUCUUGGAACUGCCGCCGUCAUCGUCAUGGACAAGUCGACCGACAUUAUCGCUGCUAUCGCACGUCUCUCGAAAUUCUAUAAGCACGAAUCGUGUGGACAAUGUUCACCAUGUCGUGAAGGUACCGGUUGGCUAUGGGAUAUCACCGAACGUCUCGUAACUGGUGACGCUAAGCUCGAUGAAGUAGAUAUGCUUGAAGAAAUCUCACGUCAAAUUGAAGGUCACACCAUUUGUGCACUCGGAGAUGCUGCUGCUUGGCCUGUACAGGGUUUGAUUAGACAUUAUCGUCCAGAGAUUGAACAACGUAUCCAAGACUUCCAAGCAAAUAAGAAACAAUCACCAUUCUAA